UCCAUAAUUGCCAGCGCUAUGGUCCUAUACGGCACCAUCGAUUCCCUGAUCGACUUCUUCAGUUUCACGGCUUGGAUCUUCUACGGUGGCGCAAUGUUGGCCCUCAUCGUGAUGCGCUUCACUAAACCAAACUAUCCCAGGCCCUACAAGGUGCCAAUUAUCAUUCCAGUUCUGGUACUAGUGAUCUCAAUCUACCUGGUAAUCGGCCCCAUCAUCGAUCAACCAACCAUCGAAUAUUUAUACGCUGCCCUGUUCAUCCUCGGCGGAAUGGUCUUCUACGUGCCCUUCGUGCACUACAAAGUCAGAAUUCCGUUCAUGGAUGGAAUAACAGUCUUUUUGCAAAUGCUGUUAGAAGUAGCGCCGACGACUUCGAUGUUCGAGUAGAAAGUUUUUUGGCUGUAAUCGAAGUGAAAUUUAGUUGUUGUUGUUAAAAUUAUUUAAUCGUCAUGGUUACAAGUUUCUUAUAUAUGUAUAUUUACAAGAGAAAAAAAGAGAGAGAGUGAGAUAAAGAGAGAACGAAAGAGAGAGAGAAAAACCUUUACAUAACUGAAAAAAACGGUGCUCCGAGGGAGUGAAACAAAAAUUGAACAUCAGUUGCACGAAUCAUUCCUUCCCUCGGGCCGCGGUCUCGACGCGGUGUGCAAACGCGUCUAAACCACA